GUGCACCACAAAUUGGCAAUUUCAUCAAAGGCGGGAGGCGGUGAUAGUACAGAAUCACUUGGCCAGUUGACGGAGCAGGAAACAGCACAACAAGCGGCAGAUGCGUCGUUACUACAGAAGGCAUUGCAUUCUAGGCUGGUCCAAUCCACGCAUGAUGUGAAGCUUGAUGUUCAACAAAAGGACCCAAACUCUCCACUUUACUCCGUAAAAUCAUUUGAGGAACUGCACUUAAAACCAGAGCUUUUAAAAGGCAUCUACAAUAUGGGCUUCAAUGCCCCAUCAAAAAUACAAGAGACGGCACUACCAAUGCUCUUAGCGGAUCCGCCUCAAAAUAUGAUUGCUCAAUCACAGAGCGGAACAGGCAAAACCGCAGCAUUUGUACUGACCAUGCUCAGUAGGGUUGAUGGCAGUAAAAGGUAUCCACAGGUGUUAUGUCUAGCUCCCACAUUUGAGUUGGCGUUGCAGAUCGGUAAAGUUGUUAAGGAGAUGGGGAAAAUGUUAACGGACGUCAGUGUACGCUAUGCUGUACGAGGUGAGAGAGUUUCCAGAGGCGAGAGAUUACCAGAGCAGAUUGUGAUCGGAACACCCGGUACAACGCUCGAUUGGUGCACGCGCUAUCAUGUUAUAGAUCUUGAUAAAAUCACGGUAUUUGUCUUGGAUGAAGCAGAUGUGAUGAUAGCAACACAGGGGCAUCAAGACCAGUCAAUUAGGAUAAGAAAAAAGUUAUCAAACGCAUGCCAAAUGAUGUUGUUUUCUGCAACAUACGAUGAGGCAGUGAUGAAAUUUGCACAGAGCAUUAUCAACGAUCCGAUGAUCAUCCGGCUACGGCGGGAGGAGGAGAGUCUGAGUAAUAUUAAACAAUACUACGUGGAGUGCAACAAUAUAGAAGAGAAGUUCCAGUCACUAUCUAAUAUCUACGGCACCAUUUCCAUUGGGCAAGCCAUGAUCUUCUGUCACACCAGACGAGUGGCAGCGUGGUUAGCGGAGAAGAUGGUAAAGGAUGGUCAUGCGGUGGCGCUGCUUAGUGGAGAGCUAACUAUCGACCAAAGGAUGGCAGUUCUAGAGAGAUUCAGACAAGGCAAGGAGAAGAUACUCAUUACUACCAAUGUUAUGGCUAGAGGUAUUGACAUUGAGCAGGUCACUGUGGUUGUGAACUUUGACCUACCCGUCGACUUAAACAUGAAAGCAGAUUGCGAGACAUACCUUCACAGGAUCGGACGUACUGGGAGGUUUGGCAAGUCAGGACUUGCCAUCAACUACGUGGACGGCCCUAGGAGUAUGGCUAAUCUAGAAAUCAUUGCGAAGCACUUCGGACGUAAAAUCGAGAGACUAGAAACCGAUGAUGCUGAUGAAAUAGAAAAGAUUGUUUGAGCUUACGCUAUCGGACUAUAUAAAAAGAGAUAUUAUCCAUGCUGGCAUCAGGAUAGGGAUACCUGUUGGAUGUUUUAAUGAUAAAUUAGUUUUCCUUGUUUUAUUCAAAAACAUCUGAGUUAACUGAUUUGAUUACAUAGACAUAUGGUUACUGUUGAAAAGUACAAAAUGCACAUGCUUAAGGGAACGUGGUAUUCAUCUUAAAAUCCAACGUUCGGUAGUGAUCAUUCACGUCAACUGUUAUUACUGCUAACAAGUUUAGAAGAUAUAAAAAAAUUUUGGCUGAAAAAUGCUUACCCAAGGUCAUAGACUGGGCUUAUUUUUAGAGGUUUGUCCAUAAUACAGUGUACAAUGGACUGUUCUCAAGUGUCAAUCAAAUUCAACAACUGACCAAUCGGAUUAGUGCUAGGAAUAGAUGCGUGUCCAACAAGCACACGCGUUGUCCCAGAAAAGCAUGUGUUUACGUACAAUUAUGCUAUCGUAUUGUUGGGCCUUAUCCAAAGGGUGUAGCUUAACAGACAGAUCCAUUAUACAAUUUUUACUCUCUAAAAUAUUUGUUACAAUUUUUUUUUUAUUAUUAUGCACUUAUCAUUAAAAAAAUUGGUUGAUUGGAUCAGAUAGUUAAAUUUUGCCAAUUUUUCGGCAAUUGCCUUCCCUGCCCCUUGUUGGCGCCACCGCUGAGCUACGAUGGACACACUAUAGCGACAGGUAAGCAAUUUUUUGGAAAAUAAUAGGCUUUACACUGUUCAAUUUCUAAAGUUCUUUAUUUAAAAAUAUAUGAAAAAAGCGCACUAUUAAACACAAAAAUGAAGCAUAUACUUUCACUAGUCUACAUUGGCUUUGUUCUUUUAUAAACGCUCACAUUCUGUAUAUGCAAACUGAUGUAAAAGAUCAGGUGAUUAUGGGGCUUGAGUGUGUGUUCCAUGUGUGCUUAAUCCAGUGAUCCGGGGGUAAUAAUGUUCAAGCGCUUCGAGGUUGUGUCAAUGGGAGGCGCUAUAUAAAUCCAGAAUUAUUAUUAUUUGUCAAUAAUCAUUUAAUCAGGACAGAUGAAAUCAGGCAGCAAAUGAUCCAAAAGAGAAAAGUAGAUAUGAAAAUUUCUAGGAGUCAAAAGGCUAUGGUAUGAAAUCAUUUUACAUAGAAAAAACAGCAUGGAUAUUUAUUCUUUCCUAUCAUUGUUUUUUUCCCUCUAAUCAGUAUUGUAAAGUGGGCUUAAUCUCGAAAAGAAGCCCCCCUCCUCUUCAGUUUGGAAAAGUAAUUUCGAAAAAAAGCCCAUCUCAAAAGAGGCUCAUCUAAAAAGAAGCCCAUUCUAGGGUUGCUGAAAAAAGAAGCCCAGGGCUUCUAUUCGAGAUUUACCGUAUUUCAUUCAUGCUAAAACAUAGUUUCAGACCUGUACAUGUGCUACAAAAUUGGCCAGAAAUUGACAAAUCUUGUUCAAACCUGCAAGAUAAAAUGUUUACUAUCUAACCAUGAGAGCAAGCUAGAUGGUAUAGAUCUCCUUUUCUGUAAUGAUAGAAUAAGAAGAAAAAAAAAACAUGUUGAAAUAUUCCCUGUUAUUGUUAACUAAUAAAUGAAAUUUGUUUUAA